AUGAAGAAAAUAACAGACUUUUAUGCAAAGAAAUCAGGUAAGUUUGUGGUUCUUUUUCAAAAGAAGUAGUUUAAUUUAAUUCUAUAACACCAAAAACUGUUUUCAACAGCCAGCAUCCUCGACAUACCGUGUAAUUUAUAAACAAAGUGCAUGCGUUUUCCAUCAUGCCGCCAUCUUGCCAACUGACUGGCGAGAUAAUCAUUCCUUUCAAAUAUAAACAUUUUGCAGAUUCAGCGACUGACGAAUUAAGGUCUCAAGAAUCUGCGAGUAAUAAUGAAGGUAUUAACGAAGGUAAGCAGAAAUAAAACUGUCAUUAAAAUUUAUCAUGAUAAUAAGACUUAAUUAAUACUUCUCUAAAUGAACUGUCAUGAUAAAUACAGAAAGAAGCUGUUCUGCUCCUCCGAACAAGCUGCCAAAACUCAGCAACCCAGACGAUCAAGCUGGAGUGUCCGGGAUCGAAGGUAGAAAAUUCUAAUUUUUUUUUAUCUGAAUGUUAAACUUACAUUGACCAGUCCGAGAAAAAAAGUAUUUAUUCAAAUGAUGCAAGAAGUCUGGAGAAUUCCAAGUAAAACUGACUAGUAUUAAUUUCGUUUUGUACACAGCUUUGCCUGAUGAGGUAUUGGUCGAGGUGUUUAAAAACUUCUCCCUUAAAGAAAUGCUUAAAACAUUGUGCCUGGUCUCACGAAGGUGGAGGCACAUUGUAAACAAUAACAACAUCCUGUGGAGUUGCCUCCUUCUUGAUGAGUGGCACAUAACAUAUUUAAGUUAAGAACAAUUUAUGAACAUCAUGUCACACUCCAGUGGGUUCAGAUAUUUAUCCAUAAGAUAUAUCGAAAUGACAACAUCCGAAAUGAGGCUGGAAGCAUUACUAGGAAAUAGUAUAGAAUUUUCUAAACAUUUGAGAUAUUUGGAUUUAAGUGGACAACCGAUAUCAUCCCUUAAUUUCCUAUUGAUUGAGUCCUCUCCUCUUGAAACCUUGAUCCUUAAUGACUGUCAAAAAAUAGAUACCUGUUGUUGUACUGCUAUUUUAAAGCAAUUAAGAAAUCUUAGAAUAUUAUCGCUCGACCGAGUAGGAUUCACUGCCAAUCAAGUGGUAACAAUUACUGCCUCUUUAUGCUUAUUGAAUGUUCUGUGCCUGGUUGGUGUAAGCCUUGCGAGGGAAGACAUAAGACUGAUUUUGCAAAAAUUGAAUCACCUUCAGUUUUUUGAAAUAUCUUGCAGUUCUGAAGAUAAAGAACAUAUCUAUGCUCUAGGGGAAGAAUAUGACGUUAGUUUUGUUCGCCGCUAAGAGUAAAAAUAUGUUAUAUAACACGGUGGCCUAACAGUGUUGUGUUAUAGAAAAUAGUUUAUUAUAACAUUUACUGAAGGUCUAACCAAGACAUUUUGUAUCAGCAGGCUAUGGUAUUUUUUUUUAAUUUGUGUGUAUGACAACUUCAAAUAUUGUCAAUUGAAAUUUUGUCAAAUAAAAAGUAUUGAGGUUAUUUGAAGUAGGUAAGGGACUAACAUAUUAGGGGUUAUGAAUGUAUACAAAUAGUUGUUUUUAUAAAUUUUAGAUGUAGUUACAAAAGGCCCUGUGGCUGCCACUUCUGGUUCAACCACAGGCACAAAGAUCGAUUUGGGUACUGUUGUGAAAGCUGCUGAAGGCUCGUGGGGUGUUUUGAAGCGAUUACCGCAGGAAAUUACAGAUGAAAAAAGAAUGCAAUACCUUACGUUUCACUGGAAGCCUUCUGAGUCCGAUAUACUUCAUUCUCAUCAAGUUAUCAAAGGAAAGAAGACGUGGAAAAAUUCCUUUCAAUCCAAAUGGCUAAAACAGUUUCCAUGGCUUUGCUACAGUAACUUACUUGAAGGUGGUAUUUGUAGUCACUGUAUCUUAUUCCCUCACAAAGUUACCAAGGGAACAACACCAGGUGUAUUGGUCACAGCACCAUACCAGAAAUCGUACACUAAGGCACUUGGCAAGGAUGGCAUCCUCAACUGUCAUGAGCAAUCUGUGAUGCAUAAAUAUGCAACUGAACAGGCAGACCUCUUCAAACAAACUUUUGAGAAUCCUGACAGGUGUAGAGUAGAUUCCCAGCUGGCGACGUCCGUAGCCAAUCAAGCCACUGAGAACAAAGAAAUUCUACGACAGAUUGUUUUGGCUGUAGAGUUUCUGGCAAAGCAGAGUCUGGCCUUUAGAGGUCAUUGUGAUGAUCGUGUUGAUUUUUCUAGUUAUGAAAUUAACAGAGGAAACUUUGUUGCCCUGCUACAAUUACUGGUGAAAGGAAACGACUCUCUUCAGAAGCACCUCUUGUCAUCAAACAGACAAGCAAGAUAUACUUGCAAAACUAUCCAGAAUGAUGUCAUUCACGUGUAUGCGUCAAAAAUUAAGGAAAGGCUGAUAAAAGACCUAAGGACCAAGGACCUUCCUUUCACGAUUAUAGCAGAUGAGUGUACAGAUCCACAUUCAAACCAGGAAAUCUUAUCUUUAUGCUUGAGGUUUGUGGACCAGUCAACGCCAAACGAUCCUCAUGUCAAAGAAUGCCUAAUUAGUUUCAUGCACUUGGAACGAACAAAUGCCGCCAUGAUUUCAAGAAAGAUUUUGGAAUCUCUCUCUCACCCAUCUAUUUCUUUGGAUCCUAGCAACAUCCGUGGUCAGGCAUAUGAUGGAGCCUCCGUUAUGUCAAGUGGAAAGGAAGGAGUGCAGGCGAAGAUAAAAGAGACCAGACCAGCUCUUUACACGCAUUGCUAUUCUCACUGCCUGAACCUCUCCAUCGCAGCAACAUGCAAACUGCCAGAAGUGCGAAAUUUGAUAGGCCUGAUUAACGAGGCAUAUCUAUUUUUAAAUAACAGCCCAAAGCAGCAGCAGCUGUUUGAGUUGACACUGAAAGAAUACCUGCCUGAGAAUUCUCGCAGCAAGCUUCCAGGUCUUUGCAAGACACGCUGGGUGGAAAGACACACGUGCCUAGAUGUUUUCCUGGAAAUGUAUGAGCUCCUUGUCACCUUUCUAGAUGCAGUUAUUUCCCCCCACGAGUACCCACAUUUGAAAUCGUCUACUGGAAGCUGGAAUUGGGACAAAGAUACUAUCACAAAAGCCCAGGGACUGAAAGCCUGUUUGUUGACAUUCCAGAGUGUAGUGGUUUUCAUUACAACCAAGAAUAUUCUUGAUGAAGUUAAAGCUCUUGCAUCAAAGCUGCAGAAACAAGAUCAAGAUAUUUUUGAAGCUUACACAAUGGUUGACGAAGUAAUUGGAAACAUCAAGUCUGCUAGAAAAAACAUUGACUUGACUUUCAAGUCUAGUAAAAAGAAAUGUUAG